AUGAUGUCACAAUCACUGAUGGCUUAUAACAAUUAUUUUGAAGAAUUGCAGAUUACUUCAUGUGGUGUAAUAGAUCUGGGAAAUUUUAGUGGCCGGACAAGAAGUGCAGUCUCUGUGAGGGAAGGCCAGGGGGUUGUUCUGAUGUGCUCUCCUCCGCCUCAUUCUCCAGAGAUCAUCUAUAGCUGGGUAUUUAAUGAGUUCCCUUCCUUUGUGGCGGAGGACAGCCGGCGGUUCAUUUCUCAGAAGACAGGCAACCUUUAUAUUUCUAAAGUCCAAUCAUCAGAUGUUGGCAGCUAUAUUUGUCUGGUGAAAAACACAGUGACAAACGCUCGAGUACUUAGUCCUCCAACACCACUCACUCUACGUAAUGAUGGUGUGAUGGGAGAAUAUGAGCCGAAAAUUGAGGUCCAUUUUCCUUUCACAGUUACAGCUGCUAAGGGAACAACUGUUAAGAUGGAAUGCUUUGCACUUGGCAACCCAGUUCCAACAAUCACAUGGAUGAAGGUUAAUGGUUAUAUUCCUAGUAAGGCACGUCUGCGGAAAUCUCAGGCAGUGCUGGAAAUACCCAACGUGCAGCUGGAUGAUGCAGGCCUAUAUGAGUGCAGAGCUGAAAACUCACGUGGAAAAAAUUCCUUUCGUGGACAAUUACAAGUAUACACUUAUCCACACUGGGUGGAAAAACUGAAUGACACUCAGUUGGACAGUGGGAGCCUUCUCCGAUGGGAAUGUAAGGCUAUUGGAAAACCCCGACCCACAUACCGUUGGCUGAAGAAUGGAGUGCCUCUUUUGCCUCAGAAUAGGAUUGAGAUGGUUAAUGGAUUAUUGAUGAUCCACAAUGUGAAUCAGUCAGAUGCUGGAAUGUAUCAGUGUUUGGCCGAAAAUAAAUAUGGAGUCAUUUAUGCGAGUGCUGAGCUGAAGAUUCUAGCUUCAGCUCCCACUUUUGCGCUGAAUCAACUGAAGAAAACAAUAAUUGUUACCAAAGGCCAAGAAGUCAUCAUCGAGUGCAAACCCCAAGGCUCUCCAAAACCAACCAUCUCUUGGAAAAAGGGAGAAAAAGCAGUGAGAGAGAAUAAAAGAAUAGCUAUUCUUCCAGACGGAAGUCUACGGAUCCUAAAUGCUUCUAAAUCAGAUGAGGGAAAGUACGUUUGCCAAGGGGAAAAUGUCUUUGGUUCUGCUGAAAUCAUAGCCUCAGUAUCUGUAAAAGAACCUACAAGAAUAGAACUUACUCCUAAAAGAACAGAAUUAACAGUGGGAGAAAGCAUUGUCCUUAAUUGCAAAGCAAUUCACGAUGCUAGUUUGGAUGUCACUUUCUACUGGACACUAAAAGGACAGCCUAUUGAUUUCGAGAAAGAAGGUGGACAUUUUGAAAGCAUCAGGGCCCAAGCAUCCUCUGCAGAUUUAAUGAUCAGGAACAUCCUUCUGAUGCAUGCUGGGAGAUAUGGCUGCAGGGUACAGACCACAGCAGACAGUGUGUCAGAUGAGGCAGAACUUCUGGUUAGGGGUCCCCCAGGCCCACCAGGGGUAGUGAUUGUUGAGGAAAUCACCGAAAGCACAGCCACACUCUCCUGGAGUCCUGCAGCUGACAACCACAGCCCAAUCUCCUCCUACAACCUGCAGGCUCGAAGCCCAUUCUCCCUGGGCUGGCAAACAGUAAAAACAAUCCCAGAAACCAUAACAGGGGACAUGGAGUCAGCCAUGGCAGUGGACCUUAACCCUUGGGUGGAAUAUGAAUUUAGAGUGGUGGCCACCAAUCCAAUUGGAACUGGAGAUCCCAGCACCCCAUCUCGAAUGAUCCGCACAAAUGAAGCAGUUCCAAAGACAGCACCCACCAAUGUAAGUGGAAGAAGUGGAAGAAGGCAUGAGUUAGUCAUAGCCUGGGAGCCAGUAUCUGAAGAGUUUCAGAAUGGGGAAGGCUUUGGCUAUAUUGUGGCUUUCAGGCCCAAUGGAACACGUGGCUGGAAGGAAAAAAUGGUGACAUCCUCUGAAGCUUCAAAAUUCAUUUAUCGAGAUGAAAGUGUUCCUCCUCUCACUCCCUUUGAAGUGAAGGUUGGUGUUUAUAACAAUAAAGGAGAUGGACCUUUCAGUCAGAUUGUGGUUAUCUGCUCAGCUGAAGGAGAACCCAGUGCUGCUCCCACAGAUGUCAAGGCUACAAGUGUGUCUGUGUCAGAGAUUCUUGUUGCAUGGAAACAUAUUAAAGAGAGUCUAGGAAGACCACAGGGAUUUGAGGUUGGUUAUCGGAAAGACAUGGAACAAGAAGAUGCUGCAGAAACAGUCAAAACUAGAGGGAAUGAGUCCUCUGUCAUUCUGACAGGAUUAGAAGGAAACACUUUAUAUCACUUCACAGUGAGGGCUUAUAAUGGAGCUGGAUAUGGGCCACCUAGCAGUGAAGUGAGUGCAACCACCAAGAAAUCCCCCCCUAGUCAAGCACCCAGCAAUCUCAGGUGGGAACAGCAAGGGUCUCAGCUUUUUCUGGGCUGGGAACCAGUCAGACCAUUAGCCAAUGAAUCUGAAGUCAUGGGCUACAAGGUUUUUUAUAGGCAAGAGGGUCACAGCAACAGUCAAGUUAUUGAAACACAGAAACCUCAAGCAGCAGUACCACUGCCAGAUGCCGGAGUCUAUAUUAUUGAAGUUCGAGCAUACAGUGAAGGAGGGGAUGGGACAGCUAGUUCCCAAAUCAGGGUACCAUCCUAUUCAGGUGGGAAAAUCACUAGUGCCCAGUCAACCCUCCACACACUCUCCCCAUCUUCAUCAUCGGUAACAUGGCUCUUGGCAUUGAUGAUUCCCUCAACCUCUUGGUGA